GGGCUUUCGUCGUAAGCUCCAGCAUUUCUCAGUUUCUCUCUCUUCUUCUGCAAGCUUUUCUUUCGACUCCCAAGGCUCGAGGGGGAAAAAAAUGGAAAAUGGCGAGACGUCUAGUGAUCUUCAGUCGCGCCCAUGGCAAUCGUACAACACUGUCUACACCAACGCCAAAGCGGGAAUGGAGGGAGUUGAUAAGGAGAAAGUCCAAAAGGUUGUAUACGAAAUGAGCAAGGGAUCCAAGUAUUUUCAGAACGAGGAACGUAAGGAAGCUCUUAUUCGACAAAAAAUCGAGCACAUGCGUGAAAGGUGUUCAAAGCUCGCUUCUUCCGAUUUAUCUUCUUAUCAGAAGGUGGUGGAUAAAAGGAUUUUAGAGCUAGAAGCUACACGUGACCUCUCCAGAAUUUGGCUGCAUGUCGAUAUGGAUGCUUUUUAUGCUGCUGUUGAAACUUUGAGUAAUCCUUCACUCAAGGGGAAGCCCAUGGCUGUUGGAAGCUUGUCCAUGCUUUCUACAGCUAAUUAUGAGGCAAGGAAAUUUGGAGUUCGUGCAGCAAUGCCAGGCUUCAUUGCUCGUAAAUUGUGUCCCGACUUAAUAAUUGUUCCUACUGAUUUCACUAAGUAUAUCCAUUAUAGUGAUUUAACAAGAAAAGUUUUUAGGAAUUAUGAUCCUAAUUUUGUCGCUGCCAGUUUGGAUGAAGCCUACCUCGACAUUACUGAGGUUUGUAGAGAAAGAGGCCUUUCAGGAGGAGAAAUCGCAGAAGAUCUCAGAUCUUUUGUUUUUUCUGAGACCGGUCUGACAUGUAGUGCUGGAGUAGCUCCAAAUCGCUUACUCGCAAAGGUUUGCUCAGAUAUAAACAAGCCUAAUGGGAAGUUUCUUCUACCAAAUGAUCGUGUGGCUGUCAUGACAUUCAUAUCUUCCCUUCCUAUAAGGAAGGUUGGGGGAAUCGGUAAGGUGACAGAACAUAUCCUGAAAGAUGCUUUGGCAAUAAAAACAUGUGAAGACAUGGUACACAAGGGAUCUCUCCUCUAUGCACUUUUCUCUUGGUCUUCAGCAGAUUUUUUUCUUUCUGUUGGACUGGGGCUUGGGAGGACAGAUACCCCUCAGGCGAGGUCUCGUAAGAGUAUUAGUAACGAAAGGACAUUUGCCGCUACAGGAGACGAAAUGGUGCUUUACCGUAAAUUGGCUGAAAUUGCAGAACUGCUGUCUGAUGACAUGAAAAAGGAGGGCCUGUCUGCAAAAACGUUGACACUUAAAUUGAAAACCGCCUCUUUUGAGAUUAGGACCAGAGCUGUAAGCCUGCAAAAGUACACAUUUUCAAGCGAGGACAUAUUAAAGCAUGCUUCAAAACUGUUGAAGGCGGAACUUCCCGUUUCUUUAAGGCUGAUAGGAUUGCGUAUGUCUCAAUUCAAUGAAGAAAAACGGAAUGGUGAUGCUUCACAGACCGCUAUUACCAAAUUCAUUGUUCCAACAGAUUCCUUUGGGAGAAAUCUGCAUAAUCAUGGCUCAAUGGAUUUAGAUGCUCGUAAAGACUGCUUAAGUAACGACAACAGCUUGAGCUUGUCCUUUGAUACUCAUGAGAUGAGCUACGAUGACGAUGGCAAUGUCAUGGAAGCUGACCCAAAUCAAGAACAUGCAAGAAAUGAAGAAAUCAACACAAGGAACACCAUGGAUGAUUCUUGCCAUGCAUUUAGAGCUCUAGAUAAAGAAAUGUCGCAACUCGUGGAAGUUGAUGCAUUGCUGGGGAAACACGAGGGUUGCAAACAAGAUACAAUGGGUGAGGAAUCAUUUGCAGUUUCGCCAAUUAGGGAAAUGGAGCAACUAUUUUGGGUCGAUGGCCUCAAAUGUUCGAUAUGUGGGAUUGAGGUGCCUCCAAAUUUUUCCGAGGAAAGGCGAGAGCACUCUGAUUUCCAUCUUGCGGAGAGACUUCAAAAGCAAGAAUCCGUUCCGAGUUCUUCAGCCACACCCAUCUCGAAACGGAGUGUUAGGGCCGUCGAGAAAGCAAAGGGAAAAAAGGGAAAGAAGCAGAAGUCGGGGCCAAAGGAGAGCAAUUAUAUUCCCAUACAUGCAUUUUUCACAAAGAGCAACCAAAACUUCUGAGCCUCUUCUUCCACGCAAGUAUUUAUAGUAUUGUGCAUUGUUGAAAUUAUUUAUAAUUAGAUCGGUAUAGUUCGGCUUAGUAUAGGUUGAUUCUUAAAUAAAUAACCGCCCAUUUUUUAAUUCCAUAGAGUUUAAUGUUGUAUGGUAUGGAAGAAAAAUAAAUUAGUACAGAUUUCACAACCCUUGAAGAUAUAUUUUGGCUAGGAUUUCCUAAUGUCUAUUUAAUCCCAAAAUUUGAUAU